GGCACAGGAACCCUUGCCCAGGCCCAGGCUGGAUCCUCCUAGUACAAAAGGAAAAGUCAUUAACUCCUCUUGUACUGCCCUGCAUCCCCAACCCCUGCUCCAGGCAUAAUUACCCUACCUUCAAAUUUUAAAAUCCCUGGUCUGCCCACUCCUAUCCCAUCCCAUUCAUCCUCUCCACCAUCCCAAGUGGACCAUUCAGCAUCCCUACACUUAAAAUUUCCUUGCCCUCAACUCUCUGGAACUUCUCGUGUGUUCCUCCCUUCAAGUAUUUCUUUUGUUCCUCCUCCUUCAUCUAGCCACUCAUUCAUCUCCCUCAGCUCUGAGACCCAGCUCCUGGGAACAAGGGUCAUCUUUAGGGAGUCCUUCAUCCCCUCCAGGAUUAGGAAUAAGAGAUUUAAAUGAGGGGAGUAGCUCUUCUCUGGGUUUUGGUUGUUAUUUUGUUCAUACUAGAGUCAGGAGAAUUGUUAUCCCCCAAUUCUACUUUCCCCCACCCCCAGCCAGAGCUGUGAUAAACUCCCAGAAAAGGAAAGAAACAGCUGAAGAGUUUGGAGUCAAAUUUAGGAAAAGAGCUGUGUCAUCAGCUGGUCAAGUGCCAGGGAAUCUGACUGCUGGGGAUUCCCCUCCCCCUACCCCACCCCCAAUUUCCUUUGAAAACCUGGAUUUUUGGAAGUAAUGAGACACCCCAUCUGCCUUCCCACCAAAGACCUCAAGCUCCAGCCUGAGUGGCUCUGCCAGCUCAGCCAAUCCCUGCUCUUCACUGUACUUAAAGGCGCUGGCGGGGAGAGCCUGCUAAGGAGAAUCCAACUGGGAGAGGGCUGGGGAGACACCGAGAGAUAGAGACAGGGAAACGAGAGACAAAGACCCAGAGAGAGCUGGAGGGAGGCAGGGAAAUCCACACAGUCAGAAAGUAAGGCAGAAAGUCAGAGAAAGGGAGAGAGGACAGAAAGAGAUAUAGAAACAAAAGAAAGACACAGAAACAAAAGAGAGAGAGAGAGACAGGGAAGCCAAGGCAUACAGAGAUAGGAAAGGGCAGAGGGAGAACGAAGAACAAGGGGGAACCUCCGAGGAGUCAGUCCUCAGCUGAGGGGGUGUAUUUGGGGAGGUGGCUCUCAGACUUGCCUCUCAACUCUUUGGGGAGAAUUUCCUCUAUUUCUUUGGAAGCUCCCUGGUUCCUGUGCCAACCCUGCAUCCUCCUCUGGCACAGGUCAGAACCCACAGGGGAUUCCUGCUGAGAGGAUCCUCCAACAACCAGGCAGAGGGAGUAACUGGAGCCUCGAAAACCCCCACUUUCUUCUAGCUCCUGCUGCAGUGCCAUGUCCCAGGCACACACAGGUCCCAGGAGGGACUUAGGGGGAACUCAGCCCAGCCCUCUGCUUCCCACUCGAUCCCAGCCAUUUUCAAGGCUGCUACUUCUGAUGUGUCUGCUACUAGAUUUCUCCUUGUCUCUUGCCCAGCUGAUGGGUCUCUCCACUCAGGAGGAGGAGAUCGUGUUUCCCGAGAGACUCAAUGGCAGCAUCUUUCCUGGCCCCGGUUCUCAGGGGCUCCUGUUAUAUCGGCUGCCAGCCUUUGGGGAGACGCUGCUGUUGGAGCUGGAGCAGGACCCUGGUGUUCGGGUUGAGGGAUUGACUGUGCAGUACCUGGGCCAGUCCCCUUCGAUGCUAGAUGGGGCUGAAAUGGGCACAUAUCUGACGGGCACCAUCAACGGGGACCCCGAGUCUGUGGCAUCUCUGCAUUGGGAUGGGGGAGCCCUGCUGGGUGUCCUACAGUACCGGGGGACAGAGCUCCACCUUCAGCCCCUAGAAGAGGGUGCUCCCAACUCUGCUGGGGGGAAAGGGGCCCACAUCCUACGCCGAAAGAGCCCCACCAGAGACCAAGGCCCCAUGUGCAACGUUGGGGCCCCGCUUGGGAGCCCAGGCCCCAGCCCUCGAAGAGCCAAGCGCUUUGCCUCAGUAAGUCGUUUUGUGGAGACCCUGGUAGUGGCGGAUGACAAGAUGGCGGCAUUUCAUGGAGCUGGGCUGAAGAGGUACCUCCUGACUGUGAUGGCAGCCGCCGCCAAGGCUUUCCGCCACCCGAGUCUCCGGAAUCCGGUCAGCCUGGUGGUAACCCGGCUGGUCGUCCUGGGGCCCGGUGAGGAGGGGCCUCAGGUGGACCCCAGCGCGGCUCAGACCCUGCGCAGCUUCUGUACCUGGCAGCAGGGACUCAACAUUCCUGAGGACAGCCACCCUGACCAUUUCGAUACGGCCAUUCUGUUUACUCGGCAGGACCUGUGCGGUGUCUCCACGUGCGACACGCUUGGCAUGGCGGACGUGGGCACCGUGUGUGACCCAGCCAGAAGUUGUGCCAUUGUGGAAGACGACGGACUCCAGUCGGCCUUCACUGCUGCUCAUGAACUAGGCCAUGUCUUUAACAUGCUUCAUGACAACUCCAAGCCCUGCGUGAGUCUGAACGGUCCUGGGAGCUCUUCCCGCCAUGUCAUGGCCCCCGUUAUGGCACACGUGGACCCUGAGGAACCCUGGUCCCCCUGCAGCGCCCGCUUCAUCACCGACUUCCUCGACAACGGCCAUGGACACUGUCUCUUAGACAAGCCCUCAGCCCCUCUGCGCCUGCCCGUGACCUUCCCUGGCAGGGACUACGACGCCGACCGGCAAUGCCAGCUGACCUUUGGGCCUGACUCCAGACACUGUCCCCAGCUUCCCCCGCCCUGUGCCGCCCUGUGGUGCUCGGGCCGCCUCAAUGGCCACGCCAUGUGCCAAACUAAGCACUCCCCGUGGGCCGACGGCACCCCCUGUGGGCCCAGCCAGGCCUGCAUGAGCGGCCGCUGCCUCCAGAGCGCCCAGCUGCAGGACUUCAAUACCCCGCAGGCAGGGGGCUGGGGCUCCUGGGGGCCCUGGGGGGAUUGUUCCCGGACCUGUGGAGGGGGUGUCCAGUUCUCCUCCCGUGACUGCACUAGUCCUGUCCCCCGGAAUGGUGGCAAAUACUGUGAGGGCCGCCGGACGCGGUUCCGCUCCUGCCACACCCAGGACUGCCCCACAGGCACAGCCCUGACCUUCCGUGAGGAGCAAUGUGCUGCUUACAACCUCCGCUCUGAUCUUUUCAAGAACUUCCCAGGGCCCAUGGAUUGGGUCCCACGGUACAAUGGCGUGGCUCCCCAGGACCAGUGCAAGCUCACCUGCCAGGCCCGGGCCCUCGGCUACUACUAUGUCCUGGAACCCCGGGUUGUAGAUGGGACCCCCUGUUCCCUGGACAGCACAUCAGUCUGUGUUCAGGGCCGCUGCAUCCACGCUGGCUGUGACCGGAUUAUUGGCUCUAAGAAAAAGUUUGACAAGUGCAUGGAAUGUGGCGGUGACGGCUCAGGCUGCAGCAAGCAAUCCGGCUCCUUCAAGAAGUUCAGGUAUGGCUACAACGACGUGGUCACCAUCCCUUCAGGUGCUACCCACAUUCUAGUGCGGCAACAGGGGGAUUCUGGUCCCCACAGCAUUUACCUGGCACUGAAGCGCCAAGAUGGCUCCUAUGCCCUCAAUGGGGACUACACGCUGCUCCCGUCGCCAAGUGAUGUGGUUCUGCCCGGAGGUGCCAGCCUCCGCUACAGCGGGGCCACCGCAGCCUCAGAGACCCUAACAGGCCACGGACCGCUGUCCCAGCCCCUAACCUUGCAGGCCCUGGUGGUGGGCAACCCUCAGAAUCCUCGCCUCCGUUACAGCUUUUUUGUGCCCCGGCCUGCCCCGCCAGCCCCCCGCCCCACCCCGAAGGACUGGCUCCGACAGCGGGCACAAAUCCUGGAGAUUCUCCGGCGGCGCCAUUGGGUGGGCAAGAAAUAACCUCACUCUCCCAGGGGAGCAGCCCUGGGCACAGUGGGGGCACGCAAAUGACUGCAGAGAGGGGGCUCUGAGGAGCUGCCUCCUACGGGGCACAAUAGGGAAGUGGUAAUUAAGGCAGGACCUACCCUUUCCCCCAUCUUGCAGGCUGGUCCUGCCCUGGGCUACCUGACCGAGAGAGGUAGCCUGGCUACUAUGUGACUGGGGGCUAGUAAGUCCAAGAUGGAAGAGACCCUCAGUACCCACCUGUUCCCUCUCCGAAGCUGGUCAUAGGAGGUGGGGAGUUGCAGGGUGGGCCCCAAUUGUAUUUAUUUGAUAUUUAUUCAUUGGUUUGUGAAGGGUUGGCACCAAGGGACAGUAGGGAGGGAGGGUAGAAAUUUGUCCCUCUACACACAACACUUGCCCUAGCCGGGGGUCCAAGUGUUAGCGGUGACAGGUAUGAGAGGUGUGUUUGUAUUUGUGUGUGUCUGUGUGUCUGUAUGUUUGUGUGUAUUCCUGAACCACACUUCCUGUCUCCUAAAGGGGAUGACAGGAAUAUGUGGCAUGAAUUAUCAUGUUUUCUAAUAAAUUUAACUUCAUUAUUUAUUCACUGGGCGGCUCCUUUUGGGAGCUGAGGGCUACCACCCCUUCCCCUAUUAUGUCUGGCAUUCAGGGGGACUAGGACUUAAGGCUGGCAAGGUCUAGGUUUCUGGCCCCUUUCUUGCCCUCUUCUCCUCCCAGGGGACUACAAGGCCCCAGAAUCCUAGUAUUCCACGAUGCUUCCCUUUAGUUACCACUAAUUAUUACCCCAUCCUUGCUACUCCCCAGCUCCUCCUGUGGGGAAAAGCCCUGUCCUGGAUGCUGAGGAUGAAUCCAGAGGGAGCAGAAUCUGUGUAUAGAUUUAGAGUAGGAAGGGACUCAACAUUUGGUACAAAAACAUGAUGAUAAACAUAGCUUAUGGGAAAUGCCAAUUUACUCGUAAAGAUUGAUACCAACAAUACAAAGAUACACACAGGGGUUAAAAAGAAUUGACUCAGGGGAGUUGAAAGAAGGCUUCCUCAGUAAUUUAUAAGCAUGAAAUUAGAAAAACCAGCAUUCAGGAGGCAGUGGAGGAAUUAGAGAAGAAAGGAUGAAAUAGGAGUGGAGAAAUAAAUUGGCCAGGACAUAGUAAAUUCAAGAAGAUACGGAGUGAAAGAAAUGGGUUAGUAGUACUCAGACUAUGAUUCUAGGGCAGGGGUUCUUAACCUGGAAUCUGUGAACUUAUUUUGUUUUUAUUUUAAUAUUUUGAUAACUGUAUUUCAAUAUAACUGGUUUCCUUUGUAA